AACACCUCUUCAACUUAUCAUCAUUCCACCUAAAAAAGUUGUCCAUCCAUAAUUACCCAAUCCAUGGAUUCCCCUCCUCCCCCUCCCCACAUCGCCGUCAUCCCAACUCCGGGCAUGGGCCACCUCAUCCCCUUAGGCGAAUUCGCCAAGAAGCUCCACCGCCUCCACGGCGUCACCACCACCUUCAUCCUCCCCACCGACGGCCCUCUCUCCUCCGCCCAAUCCUCCUUCUUCUCCUCCCUCCCCUCCGCCAUCGACCUCCUCCUCCUCCCCCCCGUCUCCUUCUCCGACCUCCCCUCCGACGUCAAGAUCGAGACCCGCAUCUCCCUCUCCAUCUCCCGCUCCCUCCCCGACAUCCGCCGCUCCCUCUCCUCCCUCCACUCCUCCCACAACCUCUCCGCCCUCGUCGUCGACCUCUUCGGCACCGACGCUUUUGACGCCGCCAGAGACCUCCAAAUCCCCUCCUACAUCUUCUACCCCUCCACCGCCAUGGCCCUCUCCAUGUUCCUCAACCUCCCCGACCUCCACAACAAAACCUCCGUCGAGUACCGCGACCUGCCGGAGAAGAUCAAGUUCCCCGGCUGCACGCCGCUCCACGGCGGCGAGCUUUUCGAGCCGGCGCAGGACCGGAGCAACGAGGCCUACAAGUGGGUGAUUCAUCACAUGGAGAGGUACCGGUUGGCCGACGGAAUCGUGCUCAAUAGCUUCCAAGAAUUGGAGCCCGGCCCGAUCGAGUACUUGCUCCGCCACGAGCAGGGCAAGCCCCCGGUCUACCCGAUUGGGCCGCUGAUCAAGAUGGGCUCGAAGCCCGAGAACGACGCCCCCAGCCCGUGCGCGACGUGGCUCGACGACCAGCCGAGCAGCUCGGUGAUUUACGUCUCAUUUGGGAGCGGCGGGACCCUCUCCCAUGACCAGAUCAUUGAAUUGGCAUCAGGGCUAGAGAUAAGCGAACAGAAGUUUUUAUGGGUGCUCAGGCUCCCUAAUGACACAAUUUCCAAUGCCACUUAUUUUAAUGUCUCUAAUAGUGGGGACCCUCUGGCUUAUUUGCCAGAGGGCUUUCUUGAGCGGACCAAGGGCCGGGGCCUGGUGGUCCCAUUCUGGGCGCCCCAGGCCCAGAUCCUGGCCCAUGGAUCGACAGGGGCUUUCCUGACGCACUGUGGGUGGAAUUCCGUUCUGGAAAGCGUCACGAAUGGCGUGCCGAUGAUUGCCUGGCCAUUGUACGCGGAACAGAAGAUGAAUGCCGUGAUCGUGCAGGAGGACGCGAAGGUGGCUCUGCGGGCGCGUCCCAGGGAGGACGGCAUCGUUGAUAGGGUUCAAAUCACGAACCUCGUCAAGGGUUUGAUGGAGGGAGAAGAAGGGAAAGGAAUGAGGAGCCGAAUGAGAGAUCUCAAGGAUGCGGCUGAGAAAUCACUUAGCGAAAAUGGUGCGUCCACGAAAUUCUUGAAUGAAUUCGUCGCAAAAUUGAAGAGGAAUGCUUCCAUAUAGUUCCAAAAUAUGUUGGCUGAGUAUUUAAUUUUGGUUUUCUAGUUGUGUAAAUUUAUGUAAAAUACUAUGCGUAUGUACUAUACAUGGCUAGAAAACUCAUUUUUUUUACUAUGCAUUUUAAUAAUAAGAGAAUUGUGUU